AUGUUAUUGAAAAGAAGAGCCUGGCUUUGGUUAUACAUCAGAACAAGCCUCAUUCUGGGAAGCGAGCUGAACAGCCCAGAGCACCAUGGUAAAGGUUACUGUUUUCAGCUUCACAGGUUCCCCUGCAGCUUUAAGGGAGCAGAAAAUUACUGCCAUGCCCAGGGAGGACACCUUGCUUACACUUGGAACCAGGAGGUUCAAGUUCUCAUCUGGGACUUUCUGGAAGAAGGAAAGAAGUGGUGGAUUGGGCAAAAUUUAAUGCUGCUGGGGAAAAAUCAAGAAAACAACAACCCAAAUGUCACAGCCCGCCAAGCCACCAAGCACGCCAGCUGCCCUUACGUGUCCAGAAAGUCCAACAGGGUCUCAUCAAAAGUAGACUUGUGCUCCCUGGGGCAUUAUUUCAUUUGCCAGGCUGAUGUCUUUUCAGACCAAGAUACAAGUUACGAGAGAAAUGGAAAUAAUUCUCAUUCACAUCGGAGACCCAAGAAGACAAAAAGAGAAGUCGCAAUCCCAAGAAACAAAAUGGCCUCAGGAGCCACUCAUCUUGCAAACAAAUGUCACCAACCUGCCCUUGCUAAUCCUUCCAAGACCCUGUGCCAUUCUGUCAGCCCGUUUCCUUCAGUCCUACCCACAGUCACACCGCAGGGACUGUCAGUCACACCUGUGCCUACCGGCCAGCCACGCCCUGCGACGGCAGAGCUCCCCAGGCCUGCGUCUGUAACACAGGCUGGAGCGGCUCUGGUGGAAGUAACUUCAAGCCCCGAAGAGGACUCACAUCCAGACGGCUCCACCACUCACCUGCAAGCAUCGUUUCAGAACGCAUCCCAUCAGGUCACAGAUGAAAUGGCAUGCAACUUCAGCAAAGCGAUUCAGAAAGCUUGUGAGGUGCUCCAGAAACUGACAGCCAUUAUCCCAGGAUUUUCCGAGUCAGUGCAGGUCUGUGUUGUCGACUCCCUGAUUUACCCGAGCGGCCAAUUACUGAAAAGCCCAUUUCAGAACAGCAGCACUCUGGGCUUUCACAUCCCUGGGGCGGUCUGCCUCGCUCGCUCCCUCAACAGUGUAGUGAAAGCUGACGCAGCCAGUGGGCCAAGAUCCAAGCAUGACAUUGAGCAGGUAGAAAAUAUUCUGGAAAAGUCCUUGAUGGCCCUUGGGAAGAUCCAGGAAACAUUUCUACAGCAGCAUCCAUUUUCUGAGUCUUCGGUGACUUUGAUCUCUUCCAUUGCUACCCUGAUGUUGAGCAGCCAAAACAUAUCAACUUUGCCUCUGAGCUCUUACACUCUCGGAUACCCAGCACCCAUGCGGUUAGCCUUCCCAUCAGCUUCGGCUCUGGAGGAGCUCUUGAAUAAACACCCAGGAGUUAAUGUUCAAAUAACAGGACUAGCUUUCAAUCCCUUCAAGGAUUUUGAUGACAAGAACAUUGUUGGAAGCGUCGGAAGUGUGGUACUAAGUUCUAAUCAUAAAUUGCUCCGAGUCCGUGACUUAAUGGAGGAUAUUGAGAUCAUGCUCUGGAGAAAUGCAAGCAUGGAAACCCACCCCACCAGCGUCAACAUGAGUACGGACUAUUUUACCAUCACAGUGAACGUCACUUCCCUGGAGAAAUCCCUGAUCGUGUGCAUAGAGCCGGAAAGUCCUGUUUCAAUGACACUCUACUUGGGGUUCGAGUAUCAGCCUAACCACACUUACUUCCACCUGAACAUGACGCUGCCAAAGACGCAGGUGCAGCAGAAAGAUGAGGAGUAUACAUGGGUGCUGACUCCAGGGAGUUUGCAGUAUGGGAUCGGCAUCUACUACAUAACAGCUGUGUUGAAUAAAAGCAAGGAGGAUGCUCAGCGGACUCCCACCCUGUUCUCCAUCGUCACUGCCCUCACUCAGUGCUAUUUUUGGGACAGCCACAACAGCACGUGGAAGAGCAACGGAUGUCAGGUCGGGCCACAGAGCACAGUUGUGAGGACCCAGUGCCUCUGUAACCACCUGACCUACUUUGGCAGCGACUUCUUCAUAGUGCCCCGGACAGUGAACGUUGAAGACACGAUCAAGCUAUUCCUGCGCGUGACCAGCAACCCUGUUGGGGUGUCCUUGCUGGCCAGCCUUUUGGGGUUCUACAUGCUCCUGUUUGUGUGGGCUAGGAGAAAGGAUCAGGCAGAUAUGCAGAAGGUGAAGGUCACUGUCCUGGCCGAUAACGACCCCAGCUCUCAGUGUCGCUACCUCAUUCAGGUCUCCACUGGAUAUCGAAGAAGGGCCUCGACAACAGCUCAGGUGGUGGUCACCCUGUACGGGUCAGAGGGACGGAGUGAGCCCCAUCACCUCUGGGACGCCCAGAAGGCAGUCUUUGAACGAGGGGGGCUGGAUGUCUUCCUGCUCGGCACCCGGUCCUCCCUGGGGGAGCUGCACAGCCUCCGGCUCUGGCAUGACAACUCGGGUGCCAGCCCUGCCUGGUAUGUAAACCAGGUAAUUGUCAGCGACCUGGCAGGUAACAGGAAAUGGCAUUUCCUAUGCGAUUGUUGGCUGGCCGAGGACCUUGGAGACUGUGAGCGUGACCGGGUCUUCCUACCAGUCUCAAAGAAACAGCUCUUUUCCUUUAGACACCUGUUCUCCUCCAUGGUCGUGGAGAAGUUCACCCAGGACUCCCUGUGGCUCUCGAUUGCCACUCGCCAUCCCUGGGACCAGUUUACGAGAGCCCAGCGGCUCACGAGCUGCACGACCCUUCUGCUCUGCAACCUGGUCACCAGCCUCAUGUUCUGGAGGAUGAACGGGCCCGCCGCCCGCAGAGACGAGCAAGUGGGUCCGUGUGCCGUGACCUGGUCCGAACUGCUUGUCAGCAUCCAAACUGCCAUCAUCCUUUUCCCAGUCAACCUGGUUAUAGGGCGGCUCUUCCCACUGACUCAGCCCCAGGAGCCUCUGCCCCUCUCUGCUCCCCGGCAGGCCCCCUGCCUCUCAGAUGCGUCUGCGGAGCCUCUCUCGGCCUCAGAGGCAGUGGAGGAGCUGAAGGAAACGGUGGGGUUUCUGCUCAGGAGAGACCCGGGCCUCCUCUCAGAGCGUGAACCACCCUCGUGGGGCUCCUACGGCGAGAGCCAGCUGGUGGCGCUGUUAUCCAGCCUCAUUCAUUCUCACCUGGAGGGUGCAGGCUGCCAUCAGCAGGCAGCAGCCUGCGGGGCAAGUGUGGCUGCUGGGAACCACCGUCACCUCCGCUGCUACCUGCUCAGGGUUCUGCAGAGGCUGCGGACGCCCUUGAGCGCCUUGGGUCCCACCCGGGCCGACCAGCCUGGCGACCGCCUGGGUGCAGCCAGCCACCUGCAGAAGCUCCAGCAGCUCUUGGAAACACACGUUCUUCCCUCAGAGCAAGGCCCCGCCGGGGAGGCCACCAGUUUCCCCAUCCUGAGCCCAGAAGGAGGGCGCAAGUCCCCCGCGGCUGGUCCCUCCAGAUGGUGGGCUCCCAUCUGCUGGCUCCUGCUGGGCGCCACUAGCCUGGCCGCGGCCUUUUUCACCGCGCUGUACAGCCUGGAGCUGAGCAGGGACCAGGCCACCAGCUGGCUCAUCUCUACCAUCUUAUCGGUGCUUCAGAACGUCUUCCUCAUCCAGCCCCUGAAGGUGGUCUUCCUCUCGCUGUUCUUGUCGCUGGUCCUGAACAGGGUGCCCUGCCUUAGCAAAGAGAAGGAUCAGCAGACGAAGAGGAUCCUGGCACUCGCGGCAAAAUGUCCUCCAUCAUCGCCUGGUUCCAGAGACCAGAGGAACCCCGUCUAUGUAGCGCCAGCUAUCAACAAUCCCGUUACGCGCCCAGAAAGAACCUUGAAAGAGAAGCAGCUCUUCAAGCUGACGGGGGAGAUUUUGGCACAAAUCCUCUUCCUUGUCCUGGUGAUGACUGCGGUCCACUCUGCACAGAGCCCCAGCCGAUUCCACCUCCGCCAGGCUCUCAGGAAGAGCUUUGCUCACCGCUUCUCAGAGAUCAGACUUGUGCAGCAUUUCUACCCCUGGGCCAGGCACACCCUCCUCCCCAGCCUGUACGGGGGUCACAGAGGAUUUAUUACUGAUGGGAACUCCUUUCUUUUGGGCAAUGUUCUGCUUCAUCAGAUUCGCAUUCUGAAGCCAUCUCAUCGAGAUCUGGAGGAUACAGAGAACUAUGGGGUUAACUGGAGCCCCCCUGAAACAAACAACACGGAAUCGGACAGCAUUUGGCGUUACCAGAAUCAGGAGGCACUGGGUGGCUACCCCGUCCAAGGGGAGCUUGCCGCUUACUCGGGAGGAUACGUUGUCAGACUUGGAAGGAACUCUAGCUCUGCAGCCAGAGUCCUGCAGCAUCUUGAACAGAGCCGCUGGCUAGACCGGCGCACCAAAAGCCUCCUUGUGGAGUUUGUGGUCUUCAACGCUAACGUGAACCUGUUCUGUGUAGCGACUCUGAUUCUGGAAUCCAACAAUGUGGGUGCUUUCUUCGCUUCUGUAAGACUGGACACUUUAACUUCCCUUCAGACAUCAAAGAAGGACUUUGCCUGGUCUGUUGCCUCACAAGUCAUCUAUUAUCUACUAGUCUGUUACUACGGCUUCAUACAGGGUCGCCGGCUGAAACAGCAGAGAUGGAGGUUCUUAACGAGGAAAAAAAACAUUCUGGACAUGAGCAUAAUCCUUACCAGCUUUGCCAUCUUGAUGCUUGACAUCAAGCUUAUUUCUCUACAUAAGAAGAACAUGGCACAAUACCACAACGACCGGGACAGGUUCAUCAACUUCUACGAGGCAGUAAACGUGAACUCGGCUGUCAUUCACCUCAUGGGCUUCUUGGUUCUGCUGGCAACUGUUCAGCUAUGGACGCUGCUGCAUCAUAACCCCCGGCUGCAGGUCAUCGGAAGAACACUCACCAAAGCCUGGGAUGAGGUGGUGGGCUUCCUGCUGGUCAUUGUGAUCCUGCUGAGCGGCUAUGCCAUGGCUUUUAACCUGCUGUUUGGAUGGAGCAUGUCCAACUACCGCACUUUUUUCAGCUCAGCAGUGACUUUUGUUGGUCUCCUGAUGGGAAUCUCUCAUUAUAACGAGAUUAUUGCUUUAGACCCAGUCCUGGGAUCCUUUCUGAUCCUCACCAGUGUCAUCUUGAUGGUACUUGUGAUCAUUAACCUUUUUGUGUCUGCCAUUCUAAUGUCCUUUGGUAAAGAAAGAAAGUCCCUUAAGACUUGGAAAGAAGCUACACUGAUGGAUAUGCUGCUGCAGAAGCUCUCGAGUCUGUUAGGAAUCCUGCACCAGAACACAUGUGAGUAAACAGUCCUGGAAGCUUCUGCAGAGUCCCAGAGGAGUAACCAAGCAAACUCACAGAUGCUAUCUGGGCUUAAAACAGAGACUGAAAUGGGUUCCUUACUGCUGCAGGCAUCCACAUGACCCAGGGAGCCAAAGGUAAGGUCUGGCUUGUGCCCAGCAUGGGUCACUUGCUUACAAUAUUCUCCACUAAAAUCCAACUUUGCAGCUCCCUAUUCAACCCAACCAGUGGAGAAAGCAGGCUUUUCAGCUCACUAUUCAAGAGAUUUGAAUACUUCUAUUAAGGCAACUGGAAGCCCACCUUAG